UUUCUUACUAGUGUGUGAUAGUAUUUAUCUUUAAAAAUAUCUUAAAUUUAAGAUAUAUUUUAAGUGAUUGUUGCGUGAUAAAACGUAUACAUAAGAUUGUGAUUUUGUUUUUUUGCAAUUCGUUUGAUAUACGUCACAGCGCCAUGUUGUAUUCCUGCGCUGAUUGCAGGCACGAGAAAUCUGCCAACCCGUUUAUUUUUCGGGAUUAGUUCCCGAGAAUAAAUCGAACCGCGAUUUUGUACUCGAAUAUAUUUUAAUUUAUAUUUGUUGGCAAAUGUAAACCAACAUUAGUGAAUUCAAUGAAUCCUUGUUGCCUCCUUUCGAGCGCUAACUCCUAGUUUCAACUGCAGUUUUGUGCAUCCGCGAAAGUUGAAAGGACUGUGUUGUAAAAGAAGUGAUAUUAAUUAGCCAAAAUUCCGGUCCCUACGCGCAGACGAGAAGGUGCCUACCCGCCGGGGCAGUCGGGCGAAGGAGAUAUGAACAACAAACGCAAAAAUCGCCAAGGGCCGCCGAGGUCGCCGCGAGGUCGCGUGGUGGCCGAGGGCGUGUACAAUAACGCCCACUUCAUGCACGCAGCCACCUCACACGUCGGCGACAUCGUACAGGUCCUCACACAGUCGGGCAGCCUCUGGGAGGGCGUGUUCAAGACAUUCAGCGCGCAGUUUGAGGUUGUAUUAGAAGUGGCUCACCGCGUCGAUCAAGACGGCGUGGUAGCGGUCGACUCAGUAGUCGAGAAGCUGAUCUUCAAACCCCAAGAUGUGGUGUCCAUUCGGGCCAAAGACUCGGACCUGGAGUACGCCACCACAGACGUGUUCCAGACUGAUGGAGCCAUCUCUAGCAAGUUUAAUGGCAACGGGCGCGCCGAGGAGCGGCAGCUGGAGCCCUGGGACUGCGACGGCGACUCCGGGGACUCGCCCUCCGUCAACGGCUCGGCGAGGCUGGGCGAGCUGGAGCUGGACCAUAGGGCCAACGGCUGGGACGCCAACGAUAUGUUUAGAAAAAACGAGGAGGUGUACGGGGUACACAGUACCUACGACCACUCGCUGGCCGGCUACACGCUGCCGCUACAGAGAAAAGACACACAAGACUACAGAGACGCAGAAGCCAAAGCGGAAGAGAUAGCCGCUGAAAUAGAAAACGCAGCUUCAUACAAAGCUCGUAUAGAAUUAGAAAACGGAGACGAAGAGGAGAGAUAUGCGGCCGUAGUACGGCCAGCGGCCGCGGACGGCGGCAAAUACGUCAUACCUAACAAGAGGAAGGGGGUUCAGCAGGUAUGUAGCACUAUAGACAACAGAGGCGGAGUAUAUGGUGUAGUGUACAAUCACUAUAGACAACAGAGGCGGAGUAUAUGGUGUAGUGUACAAUUAGAAAACGGAGACGAAGAGGAGAGAUACGCGGCCGUAGUACGGCCAGCGGCCGCGGACAGCGGCAAAUACGUCAAACCUAACAAGAGGAAGGGGGUUCAGCAGACGGGCAAGCUAACGGGCAAGCCGUCGGCGGCGACCAACAACAACGGCGCGGCGGGCGUGAAGCCGGGCGGCGGCGCGGGCGGCGGGGGCGGCUACCACGCGGCGGCGCCCAAGGACAAGGAGCGCCCGCCGCGCCACCACCUCACGCCCGAGGAGCGCCGCCCCGCUGACGACCCGCCCGCAGCUGUAGUGGGGCCGACGACGGGCGGCAAGAGCUACGCCGCGCAAGCGGGCGGCUACCACGCUCCGCCGCCCUUUCCGCCACACCAACACCAGGCCGCGUCCGGCGCCGGCGCGGCCGCCAAGCUCAACGGCGAGCCGCGCGCGCCGCACCCGAGGGCCACCUUCCCACCGCACCACCAUCACAACCCCGCGCCACCGGCCGAGGGCCCGCGGCCGCGGCACGUGCCCGAGCCGCGGCGACAGGACGAGGUGCAGGAGCUGCGCAAGUUCGGCGCGGAGUUCAAGCUGGUGACGUCGCCCGCGCCCGCCGCCGCGCCGCCGCCCGCGCCGCAGCCGACGGUGCCGCCGCCGGCGCCGGCCACGCCGGAGGUGUCGGCCAACGCGGGCGCCGUGUCGGAGCCGCACGCCAAGCGGCCCAGCCUGCCCAAGCACGAGCCCCUGCCCCUGCCCCUGCCGCACCACAAGGUAAACAACGCGGGCGCCGUGUCGGAGCCGCACGCCAAGCGGCCCAGCCUGCCCAAGCACGAGCCCCUGCCCCUGCCCCUGCCGCACCACAAGCCGCACGCCAAGCGGCCCAGCCUGCCCAAGCACGAGCCCCUGCCCCUGCCCCUGCCGCACCACAAGCCGCACGCCAAGCGGCCCAGCCUGCCCAAGCACGAGCCCCUGCCCCUGCCCCUGCCGCACCACAAGCCGCACGCCAAGCGGCCCAGCCUGCCCAAGCACGAGCCCCUGCCCCUGCCCCUGCCGCACCACAAGCCGCACGCCAAGCGGCCCAGCCUGCCCAAGCACGAGCCCCUGCCCCUGCCCCUGCCGCACCACAAGCCGCACGCCAAGCGGCCCAGCCUGCCCAAGCACGAGCCCCUGCCCCUGCCCCUGCCGCACCACAAGCCGCACGCCAAGCGGCCCAGCCUGCCCAAGCACGAGCCCCUGCCCCUGCCCCUGCCGCACCACAAGCCGCACGCCAAGCGGCCCAGCCUGCCCAAGCACGAGCCCCUGCCCCUGCCCCUGCCGCACCACAAGCCGCACGCCAAGCGGCCCAGCCUGCCCAAGCACGAGCCCCUGCCCCUGCCCCUGCCGCACCACAAGCCGCACGCCAAGCGGCCCAGCCUGCCCAAGCACGAGCCCCUGCCCCUGCCCCUGCCGCACCACAAGCCGCACGCCAAGCGGCCCAGCCUGCCCAAGCACGAGCCCCUGCCCCUGCCCCUGCCGCACCACAAGCCGCACGCCAAGCGGCCCAGCCUGCCCAAGCACGAGCCCCUGCCCCUGCCCCUGCCGCACCACAAGCCGCACGCCAAGCGGCCCAGCCUGCCCAAGCACGAGCCCCUGCCCCUGCCCCUGCCGCACCACAAGCCGCACGCCAAGCGGCCCAGCCUGCCCAAGCACGAGCCCCUGCCCCUGCCCCUGCCGCACCACAAGCCGCACGCCAAGCGGCCCAGCCUGCCCAAGCACGAGCCCCUGCCCCUGCCCCUGCCGCACCACAAGCCGCACGCCAAGCGGCCCAGCCUGCCCAAGCACGAGCCCCUGCCCCUGCCCCUGCCGCACCACAAGCCGCACGCCAAGCGGCCCAGCCUGCCCAAGCACGAGCCCCUGCCCCUGCCCCUGCCGCACCACAAGCCGCACGCCAAGCGGCCCAGCCUGCCCAAGCACGAGCCCCUGCCCCUGCCCCUGCCGCACCACAAGCCGCACGCCAAGCGGCCCAGCCUGCCCAAGCACGAGCCCCUGCCCCUGCCCCUGCCGCACCACAAGCCGCACGCCAAGCGGCCCAGCCUGCCCAAGCACGAGCCCCUGCCCCUGCCCCUGCCGCACCACAAGUAUGAUAUGUUACCAGACAACGCGGGCGCCGUGUCGGAGCCGCACGCCAAGCGGCCCAGCCUGCCCAAGCACGAGCCCCUGCCCCUGCCCCUGCCGCACCACAAGCCGCCAGUAGCCCCAGUGGAACCUCCGCCAUCCCCCGGAGCGAUGCCCCAAGCGGCAUCUCCCCCCGACCCCGGCUGUGCAGCCGCCGCCGCCAUAGAGCGCGUGGCAGUCAGCGCAGCCACAUUAAAGAAGUCUACGUUAAACCCCAAUGCGAAGGAGUUCAACCCCGCCGCGAAGAGCUUCGCUUCGAGAAGCCCUACUACACCCAACCCCAGCAGGCCACACACGCCGGGCACGCCGGUGGGGUCGCUGGGCGUGGGCGUGGGCGUGGGCGGCGUGGGCGUGGUGGGCGCCGGCGUCUCCUACGUGCCCGCGCCGCACCCCCCUCCGCACAUGGUGGCGGCCGUGCCCGCGUACGCCAUGGUGGCGGCGGCCGCGGCGGCGGCGCAGCAGCCGCCCGCCUACCUGCCGCACCCGCACCCGAUGGAGAUGAGCUGCGAGUGCCGGCAGUACGCGCCGCCGAUCCUCGUGGUGGACAAGCGCGACCGCGCAGACGCGCUGGCGUACGGGGCCAUGGGGGGCGGCGCGGCGGUGGCGGGCGGCGCGGGGCAGCACGGCCCGCUGCCCGCGCAGCCGCAGAGGAACUUCCGGAAAGUUGGCGUGGGCAGCGGCGUGGGCGUGGCGGCAGCGACCGGACAGCCACUGCUGACGCCAGCCCCCAUGCAGCCUUUUGUGCCGGCCGUCUACCCACCUCCACAUCAUCAGCAGCAACCGGCGCUCCAUUACCAACAUAUGCCGAACUUCCAAGUGCGCAUGUACCACGGCGGCGGCGUGUCGUCCAUGCCGUCCAUGGGCUCCAUGGGCAGCAUGAGCAUGCCGGAGUACGCGCCGCCCGCGCCCUCCCCCGCGGCCGCCUCCCCCGCGCUCUACCCGCCGCCCUCCCCCGCGCACACGCCGCACUCGCACGCGCACUCGCACUCCCACACGCACCCCAUGCAGCCGCAUCCGCAUCCCCACCCGCACCCGCACCCGCAUCCGCACCACCACUACCAGCAGCCGCCUUUCCAGGUGCUGUGCCCGCUGAUGGGCCCCGGGGGCGGGCAGCACCACCACCACCACCACGUGGCCUACCUCAACCACGCGCCGCCCACCGCCUCGCCGCCGCAGCCCCACCCGCACCAGCUGCAGCUGCUGCCGGGCGGCGGCGCCGUGGGCGGCGCGGGCGGCGCCAGCACGCCGGGGCUGCACGCGCACCCGUGAGCCGCGCGCGCGCGCGCCGCCCUGCACCACCGCCGCCCCACACACGCGCCCGCCGUGCUAGGCUACACCCCGCCCACGUCACGCAAGCCUCCCCCCUAUACAAGGUUCUUAGGUUUCUAAUACUCUC